ACGACUUAGACACAGGGGAAGGGGGGAAGUCUGGAGAACCGUCAGAUACCGGCAAUCCUCUACUUACGACCGCGAUCCCCCCACACACACACACACAAACAUCGAGCCCUGGGGACGGGGGUUGCAGUUUGGAGAACCAUCAGAUACCAGUAGUCCUCGAAUUAUGACAGCGAUCGACACAUACAUGAGGACACACACACACACACACACAAACGGGUAGGGGGGAAAGUCGAGAACCGUCAAAUACCCGUAGUCCUCGACUUACGACCGACACACACACACACACACACACCACAGCAAUUUUCCAUCACUGAGCAAGAUGUGAAGGGUGCUUUGCGACCAUUUUUUGUGACCACCUUUCUUACCAGUGUUGUUAAGUCAAUCCCUGCAGGCCUUAAAAGUUAGUCCCCUGGUUAAGUGAAUCUGGCUUUCCCCCUUCUGACAUUGGCUUGUUGGAAGGUCUGCAAAGAUGAGGACGGGACAUUGCGACUGUCAAUAGCUGUGAACCGGUGGACAAGCGUCUGAAUUUUGAUCCCCAUGACCUGGGGGUAUGCCGCAUGGGGCGUGUUUUCUCCAGUGCCGUUGUAACCUUGAAUGUCACUAAAUGAAACUCAAUGUUGUUGAAGCACUUCAGGAAUUCUGGCAGAUGAAGCAAUCCCGGGGUGCUGAUCUGAAAAAUGGCGCUCUGGUGGUUUACGAGAUGGUCCCAUCCAACAGUCCUCCUUAUAUUUGCUAUGUUACGUUGCCAGGAGGAAGUUGCUUUGGCAGUUUUCAGUUUUGUCCAACGAAAGCAGAAGCCAGGAGAAGUGCUGCCAAAAUUGCACUGAUGAAUUCAGUCUUCAAUGAACAUCCAUCCCGUAGAAUCACGGAUGACUUUAUUGAGAAAAGUGUCCUGGAGGCUUUGGCAUGCUUUAACGGCAACAGAGAGGAAGCAGAUAAUCCAAGUACAGGAAUUGGUGCUUUCCGCUUCAUGUUGGAGUCCAACAAAGGGAAAUCCAUGUUAGAGUUCCAGGAACUGAUGACAGUUUUCCAGCUCCUCCACUGGAACGGCAGCCUGAAAGCCAUGCGAGAGAGGCAAUGUUCACGACAGGAGGUGCUGUCACACUACUCCCAUCGUGCUCUGGAUGAUGAUAUACGGAACCAGAUGGCAACGGAUUGGGUCAACCGGGAGCAGAACAUCCCAGGGGCCCUUUCCAGGGAGCUGGCUUCGACCGAGCGUGAACUGGACGAAGCUCGGCUAGCCGGAAAGGAGCUGAGAUUUCACAAGGAGAAGAAAGACAUCCUGAUGUUGGCUGCUGGCCAGCUGGGGAACAUGCAUUCUUCCAACUGCUAGGAGGGCCCAUGUAGCUCUUUUCUCUCCCCUCUUAACUACUCUCUCUUCCCACAGUAGUUUGCUAAAGAAGUCAGAAGGAAUGUUACCAGUGCGAAGGAAGCCUCAUGUUCAACCCGAUUUUUCCUAAUUUUAAUUGUGCAAGGUGAUGUUUGCAUUCGAGAGUGCAGGAUUUUAGUGCAGGAUUUGAAAAUAAUCUCAAUUGCCUUAAUUUUUAGUUCUAAGAAGUGAAAGGUGUCCUCCCAUUAGAGAACGAAACCUGAAUUAACCAUUUGGGGGGAAAACAAACAAACGUCGAGUUUGUUCAGAACUCGCCUUCGAUUCCAUUCACCUGAACUGUCUCCAGUUCAUCAAACAGCCUCCAAUGCCUUGCUUUCCAAGAACAGAGAAUCAAAUUGCACUCUUUAAAAAAAAGGUUGUUGAAAAUUCUGUAUAGAUUUUAUACUUGGUUAUCUUUUCACUCUGCAGAAGAACUUUUUGUAGAACAUACUAAUAAUGUAACUUUUUUGAGGGGGGGGGGAGAAAUAGAUCUUUGCUCAAAUCUUGAUUCUAUCCAGGUAUUUGUACAGUUGUCAGUAUUAAGUAGAAAAGUAACACUGCCACAGAAGGAUGCCAGUGUUUGUUAUUAGGGUAUAAUGCAUUGAUAUAUGCUACACAGGGACGCAGUGGCUCAAGGGCUAAGACGAGCUUGUCGAUCAGAAAGGUCAGCAGUUGGGUGAUUCGAAUCCCUAG